AUGGCAAAGAAGAGAGUUGCAAUUAUAGGAGGUGGCUCCAGUGGACUUUGUAGCAUCAAAUGCUGUUUAGAUGAGGGUCUAGAUCCUACAUGCUUUGAGAGCAGUGAAGACAUUGGGGGGCUCUGGAGGUUCAAGGUAAGCCAGAUCAUUUCAUAAAUGUUAAUGUUUUUCUUGCUGAGGAUUCUGUCAGUGGGGAUUUGUAACAACAACUGCUAAAAACCUAGGAGCAGGAAAGGAGCAGAAACUGUGAUGGGAAAAUGGAAGCUUUAACCUGCUAAAAGAAGUUCUUGGUCACAGGAAGGAAAGGUUGACCAUGCUCAGCCUAACUGAAUGCAGGGCCAGCAAGUUGGAUGCCUGUCUAAGGAGGCAGCUCCUCCAAUAUCCAGUUUUUCUGGAUCUGCCUUUGCUGCUGCUCCCAAGCUCAAACGAAGCACUAAAUACUGGCAGGUCGUGUGUGACGUGAUGUGUGGGCUGUUUCUUAUUGUGCAUCAGUAGAUCACAAAGAUAGAACACCUGAGUUUGCUUGACUUGCACAAUAUAAUUUUUGAGGAUGAGCUAAUUCAUGGUAUCUCUGAAAGUAGUGCCUCAUAUAUGUCUGUCUCUGCCCUUGCAGUACUUUUCAAACAGUUUUAACAUGUGUAUUGCAACUCUCCAGUGUUUUCUUCCACAAAGGAAAUUGAUCCUGUUAAGGCCUAGCCUAGAUUUCCCAGUGAUUGGAGAAGCAAGUGCCUCAAACAAUAUUAUAAUUGCCUUUGUUACUUGCCUUUCAAAGAAAACAUCCCUAAGUGACAUACAGUGGUACCUCUGGAUGCGAACAGGAUCCGUUCUGGAGCCCCGUUCGCAUUCUGAAGCGAACGCAACCUGCGUAUGCGCGUGUGCAGGUUGCGAUUCACUGCUUCUGUGAAUGUGCGUGACGUCAUCUUGAGCGUCUGCGCAUGCGCCGAAACCCGGAAGUAACGCGUUCCGUUACUUCCGAGUCACCGCAGAGCACAACCCGAAAACCCUCAACCUGAAGCAACUUUAACCCGAGGUAUGACUGUAUACGAAAUGAGCACAACCUCACCCUCUUAAAAUUAUGCUUCCUGCAGGAGAAUCCUGAGGAGGGACGGGCCAGCAUCUAUAGAUCCGUCAUCAUCAACACCUCCAAGGAGAUGAUGUGCUUCAGCGACUUCCCCAUCCCAGACGACUUCCCCAACUACAUGCACAACUCCAGGAUUAUGGAUUAUUUCCGAAUGUACGCCAAGCACUUUGAUCUUCUGAAAUAUAUCCAUUUCAGGGUAAGAAGAGUAGGACAGAGCAGCUGUGUUCUGGGAUGUUUCUAGGUUUGGAAGAGCAAAUUCUGGACAGAAGAGUUCUUGACAAUAUACUAUGCAAUAUACUAUGAGUAGUUGGUCCAAGUGGCCUCUCUCAUGUUCUCUCUUGCCAUAAGCAGAGCAUUCAGUCAACAGGGAGGACAUUGAAGAAAAACAAAAAUGAUGCCAAAAACAAAAAGAGAUUGGGGAUUAAAUCCUGCUGUCUUGUCUACCCAAUGCAGAAUUAUACUCUGUCCUCCUGCUCAUCAGCUGACAGCACCAGCUGUGGUUUGGGGGAAGUGGCCUCACAGGGUCACAUUGGACCUCCUGGCAGCCUGAGAUUGGCCUGUGUCUGCAGGUUCCCUAUCCUUAUUUUAGGUGGAAGGAAGCUGAGAGUGUGUUUCUUCAGCUCUUUUCAGCCUUUCCUGAUCAAUCUGUGUUCGCUUUUUUGUAGACCACUUUUUCUUUUUCUUUUUGCUUUGUCACAGCAGAAUUUUUUAAGGAUGAAAAGCUUGCAAUCUUUAUUUGUGGGAGAGAAGGGGGACACCAAAACUCUGUCUUCUUCCAUCUCUAGCAACCAUUGAAGAUGGGGUGGAGCCAGUGGAGAGCAGAAGGCAGGAGACAACCUGUCUAGGGAGAAGGGUCACGAGGGUUUAGUGAAACAAGAGGCUAUAGAAGGUGUGAGUCAUGCAGUUAUUCACUCGGUUACAUGCCUUCCUGUCAACCGUGCACCUCUGCAGACUCCAAGAGGACAGCAUAAAAACUGCUUUGCUAAACAGUUGAUAAAUAGGACUAAUUGAUGCCAGCUUACACAGACCUAAGCUAAAACACAGGACUCGUCUGUAACGUCGCAAAAAUGGCAUGGUUUUUUCACUUGCAAUCAUUUUGUUUGAAUGAACCAUACAAAGUUCUGACUGAGUGGCUCAGCAAGAUGCUUAGCAAACACAUUCUUGCCAACUGCUGUGAGGUGUAACCUAUCUCUUGCCAGAAGUCCUUACUCAAGAAAGCGGAGAAGAAGUCAAACCUUUCCUGACAACAUCCCCUGUGCAGCCAGUGGUUUACUUCCAGUAUUUUCCUCCUUCCUGGGCCACGACUUUCAUCAGGAAAGAGUGUUGAAAAAAACCUCCUUGCCCCAUGGUCCUUGAACUUCCAGUCCAGAGUCUCAUAGUUCCUUGCUAUACAUCAAGGGCUGUGUCUGGCAGUAUCAUUUGAAUGCACGUGGAUCAGAAGGGAGGAGUUGUGACCAGUGGGCUUUAUAAGCCUUGGCAACUUCUCUGUCCUUGAAUUGUUGCACCCAGGACAUCCUGUUACCUCUGCACACUGCUGCCUCUGUCCCCCUCAGUAAGGAGUCCCCUUCCAUCAACCCAAGUCCCUUCCUCCUCUGGGGAGUGGCAGGAAUCAUUCCAUACACAGUGCCUUCCAAAACCACCUCAGAGUGUUCUAAGCUCUGCAACUUAUGUUCUUGAUCCUCUGGCCCAGUAUCUGUGUCUGAGGUGAGCGCAAGGAAUUAAUUUUGCAGCUCCAGUGACACAGCAUGGCUUCUGACAGUACUGCUUCUGUGAGCUAAGUUCCUCCAGGAGUUUGUCACCAAGCAGCUCAGACAAGCAACCAGCCUUAAUCCCAAAGAGAUAAGCUCACUCUUUUUAGUCUCCUUCACCAAUUUCUCCCACUGUUGUUUUGUCAAAUCUAUUGUGCAUGUGCUGCUGCUGCUGCUGCUGCUGCUGGGGGUUCCCAAAAGGAAGAAAGAUGCAAUAGAAAUGUUUGAAUAAAUAAACAAAAUACAGUGGUACCUCGGGUUACAUACGCUUCAGAAUUAAGUUCUUAACCCGAGGUACCACUGUACUUAUUCUAGCAUGCUGUAAAAUUCAUCUAUUUCUUGGUACUGGAGGAAUUGAAAUUUACCCUUGAGAUUCAACAAGGGUUGUGGGUGGUGCUUUUCUUCCAGAAAAAGAAAAGGUGUCAGUACGCACUACGAAGUUGUAAUAGUCAGUGCCACACUUUUAACCAAUGCUUUUCAUUGGGGGUGUGGGGGUGUCGGUACUGCGUACCCCUGAGUACCCCUAGAAAAGAAUUUGCUCAACAUGGAAUAAUCUAAAGUCUGGUCCCAAUCAGUUUUAUUUGGAAGCAUUUAUUUUCAUUUCAAGUGUGUAGGUUUAAGACCGCAGCCCUUAGGUGUCUUCUGAUAUGUAUUUUGUACCAUAUGCUGAGGUAUACAUUAAUAUCACAUAAAUAAAUCCUUCAUCAUUCUCUUGCUCACUUUUUUCUUUCCAGACUAAGGUGUGCAGUGUAAAAAGGCGCCCAGAUUUCUCUAGCACUGGCCAAUGGGAUGUUGUCACAGAGACAGGUGGAAAAGAAGAAUCAUCCGUCUUUGAUGCAAUCCUGGUUUGCACUGGGCAUCACACAAAGGCACAUCUGCCGCUGAACUCCUUCCCAGGUACGCUCUGUAGGUGCUAAGGGGAGCGACGGAGCCAUUGCAGGCAGAUGUUACAGGCAAUCCUUGUUUUGCAAGGGGGUUACGGACCCCCGCGUGCGCCAGCUGAGCACACGUAAGACCACUCUGCUCCUGCCCCUUCUCAUGACGUUUUUAUGACAUUUUGUGACUGCUUCAGGGUUUGCCACCCCUCAGUCGUUGCCUCUAGUAUGGAAAUGUGAAUGCUCCCCUUGCCAUGUCUCACUUGCCUGAGCUUCCCACAGCUCAUGCUGUUUUGGGCACUGGCACUUACAUAAAGGUGCUCAGCAGAGAAAACCACAUGGCAGUGUCCGUCUUAUCAAGGAACCAAUCCUGUAACUGCAUUUCUCUCUCUCUCUCUUAAAAUAAGCUAAGUUCUUCCUUUAUGUUUAACUUGCUACUCAUUUCUAUAGCCUUUUCCAGUGUGCAAAGUGUUGUGUAUUUGUUAUCUCACAGUUAUUCUCACCACAACUCUGUGUAUUAAGUAGUGCUUAGACAUAGAACAGGUUGUUCAUUUCAGCCAGUGAGUAUCUUUUUUUUUUUUAAAUGAUAUUUAUUUAAAAUUUUAAAAUUACAGGAAAAACAAAAAAAGAAAAAGAAAGAGAAAAAACAAAAGAAAAACAAACCACAAUCAAACAAUACAAAUUAAUUCAUAAUUCCCCUUGGAAAACUACAAUUAACCUCAAAUUCCGCUCUCUUCUCAAUUUGAAUUGUAAAACUGUUCUUAACUUAGAGUGUAUCAGCCCGGUGGCCCUACCCCUAAUUAAAAAGAAACUACAGCAACUUGACUUCUCCAACACAGCUUCUUGUGCAAGAGGACCGUGUUCAGGCCUAGCCCUAGCUAUUCCACCCCUGAAGGGAUCCCUCUAUACUGCUUCACAAUUUCUUCGGAGACUAAGCGAAGGGCUUUUACCUGUGCCCGUCUCAACUGUUUUCCUACAGCAGUUCUGUCGGGUCGUUAUUCCAGAGUUCCCAUCGCAAACAGAACAUGCUCCUGUAAUGACACGGCCCUGGAGACUAUGGAACAUGUAAUGCUCUUCUGUCCCAACUGGACAGAUGAAAGAUCUCGGUUUUUAACUCCCCUCGUGAAUAAGUUCCAUCUCCCAAUCCAGCCUUGGAUAGUGUCCCUCUUUUUGCAGGAUUCUGAUUGUUGGAUUACUGAGAUGACAGCUAACUUCCUGCUUAGUGUGAUGAAGAGGAAAGCGGCACUAACUUCUUCCUUAACACCACAGAUGCAGUCGAUACGCCGCACAACCGAACGAAGUUCCAAGUAGCCUUAUUGUACAAGGACAAUCGAGUUAGGACUAAUCUGAGGAGCUGAAGGACCCUUUAACGGUCCUCCUCCAGCCUCAGCAGCUUUUGUUUUUUUUUGUUUUUUUUGGUUUUUUUUUCUUUUCACUUUCUUUAAGUAUUCGCCCAGGACGAUGUCUACCUCUACCUCCCCACCCCCAUUUUAUGUUGUUAUUUCAAUGUAUAUCAUGCUAUGGCCACUCGGCUAAUGCAAUAAAUAAAUAAAUCUGAAUUAAUAAAAAUCAAAAUCAAAAAAUAACAAAACACGUAACAGAGCACAAUCAAAAAGCAAAAGUAAGCCACAGAAAUUUAAAAACAAAUUCUAUAUUCUCAAAUCCUUAACUGUCAUUGCCUUCUUUCAUUGACCUCCUCACUCCUCCAUUUUUUGUAUCCUAGUUGUUAACUAUCACAGCAAAUCCUUUCCAUUUUUCAUAAUAUUCUAUCAUUACCUUACCUUAGUCUAUUUUAAGCUUAUCUUACUAUAAAAAACCCUAAAACUUAAAACUUACAUCUUAUUUAUACCAAUUUCUCAUAACCAUAACAUAUUCUUACAUAAUUCUUUUAACAUUUUUGCUAAAGCCAAAUAAUUUCGUUCCAACAUUUUUCUAACAUUCAUCAAUUUUAUAAAGCAAUCCUAAUAAAAUUUUUUUUUCAAAUUUUCUUCCAAUCUUCAUCCAGCGUCUCUUCCUCCUGGUCCCGGGUUUUGUCAGUCCUUUCUAUCCCAUCAAUCUGGUGCAUUAACCUGGUAAUCUUAUGUCCGAGGCCCUUAAGUCUCUUCCAUGUCCCUUCCGCGGCUCUUCUUCAUAUUUAUACCUGUACUUUACUUUGUCUCCUGCUCCUUUCACUCGUGGGAACUCCAGCUUGACAGUGUUUUUGACCCUUCUCGACAAAUCAGCCCCUUUUCCAUAGUCCACACUAGACUCCAUGUGGUAUUUAAAAACAUGUUUCAAAGUCCCUCCAGAGUUAAGAGCCCCCACAACCCCAAACAUCUCGCGGCCCAUUACCAGACUUGGAAAGUCAAAACAUCCCUGCUUAGGGGGGUCUAUCCAACCCCCCAUUUCCAAACCAAACAAAACUCUAUCUCUCCAAAUCUGGCUUUUUCCAAGUUCAUUUAUCAGAUCCAACAACUCAUGUUCCUGCUGGGCCACAACUCCCUCCAUCUCUGGCACCCGAGGUUCAGCAACAUCUUCUUCCCUCAUCUGAUCUGUCAGAGCACACUCCUGAUUUGAUUCCUGGGUGGGCUCUAUAUAGUUACCCACUACCUGUCCAAAAUUUCCAAUCGCAACAGUCAUCAAGUCCGUCUUCUCAUGUAGCUGUUCCAAUAGGGCACUUGUUUUACAGAAAGCACGCACCAGAGCUUCUGAGUACAUUGUUCUGCAAGGUCAGAAGUCUGUUCCCACGAUCGUAAUCUGUUGCAGCUGCAGAGCUCCCUGAUUCAGAUUUAGUAACAGUUUCACAAGCUCCCUCUAGGGGAAGAACUUCUAUUUGUUCUUUUCUUUUAAAGGCAGAUCUAACAACAAAGUUUCCUUUUUCAGAUAUUUUGUCAAUAUUUAAUCCUUUAAAAUGCGAAGGGGAACAAUGGAAUCACUAUGUUUCUCUUCUUUUAACUAUCUGUCAAAAACGUUUGUCUAUGGUCAAUGAGCUUCCCAAAAAAUGUCAGUCCUGACACCCGGCUCCCAGGUUCAAGAUGGUGGAAAAUUACUUUACUUUACACUCUCUUCUGCAGGUUUAAACAGUCCGGAAAAAAUCCCCCCUCUUCUCCUGCUUCCGAAGGGGGUUCAACAAUUUUAAAUGAUGAAAGUUAAUCCUUUACAAAUGAUUUUCUGAACUCUAGUUUGCCGUGUCUUUGCUUUAAUCUAUCUACAAGAAAAGGAAGGCUGACUUCCUGUUUAGACCUUCCCGUUUCAGUGCCAAAUUGAGAAGAAUUUCUGAGUCCAAUUUUCCUUUCUACUCGCAGGUCGUUAUUUAAAGUCCAAUUGUCCGAAAUUAAGUUACUCACGGGUAAUUGUUUUAAAAGCCAAAUUGUCCCAGGAAAAAGGCAGCGCUCUCCGGCAACGGCUGUGCGGCUUCACUCCACGGAAUAAGCAGUUGACUCUCAGCACUGCGCCACUUGCCCCUCUUCGCUCCGGAGCCCAUAACGGGGUUCCUUUACGAGUUGGGGGGGCGCGAAAGGUGCCCGCCGAGUCCCAUGGUCACAGGCUUCAUCCGCCUGUGAUUUUUCAAAGGGUCCCCGCUUCGCCGUAGCGGGAAGACCCGUUUUCCGCGGAGCUAGUCCCUCCGGAUCAGAGGGAGUCCGCCAUUACCGAUGGCGCCACCCCGGAAGUCACUCAGCCAGUGAGUUUCAAAGUAUCACACUGGCACAGCUGUAUCACACUGGUGCAGCAGUUCUUUCCGUAGUUCCAUGGGAACAUUGGAAGCUGACUUAUAAUGAGUCUGGCCAUGGAUCCAUCCAGCUCUGUAUCGUCAAAAUGGACUGGCAGCAGUUCUGCAGUUCCAUUGCCUUUUCCCAGCUGUGCCAGGAGGUGCUGAGGUUGAACUUGGGGCCUUUUGCAUGAAAAGCGUCUUCUCUCACACUGGCCUUGAGUUGAUCAGACUAGGGAGGGGGAUAAGUGCUAAAAUAAGCAACAAAGCAUUAAAAACCAAAGAGCAAACUGUGUGUAUGUCAUAAAAAGCAAGUUUUCCAAUCAAAAAAGAUUACUUCACUAGCAUAAAAGUUAUUUUUUUCCUUCCUAGAACAGUACAGAAAGUACAUUUGCUUAAAAGUUUAGGCUCACAAAACUGAACUAGUUUUGCAAAUGUGGUUUGGAAAGAUAUUGUGAGAGAAUUCGGGGGGGGGGGCAAGGAAUAAAAUUUGUCCAGAUUGGUUGCCAUAUGUCCUCUUUUUCCAGGACAUGUCCUCUUUUUCAUGGGUAGAGUCAUCAUAGAGAUCCAUAGUUCAAAGUAGAACUCAGCAACUGUGUCCUCGUUUUUGCUCUUCAAAAUAUGUCCACAGUCCUUAGUGCAGUUAGUGUUGCAACUACAGAGUUUACCAGUUUCAUACCAGCAGAAAACGACAGUGCCAGAUCUCAUGUACCAGACGCAUCCACACUCCUGAGCCCGAACAAUUUUGCUCUUCACUUACAGGAAUUGAAAAGUUCAAAGGUCGCUACUUUCACAGUCGUGAUUACAAGAGCCCAGCUGAGUUUGCUGGGAAAAGAGUAGUUGUGAUUGGCAUUGGGAACUCAGGCGGGGACCUUGCUGUGGAGAUAAGUCGCUCGGCACAACAGGUCUGGCUACUAUUAUUUAUUAUUGGUUAAAUUUGUAUCUCACCCUCUACCCGUAGAUCUCAGGACAGUUCUAUACUGUGAUGGUUUUGCCUGGUGUAGCAGCCCCAGAGUGUGUCAAAGAUGUAGUAGCAGAAUGCCAGUGGAAGGGAUUGGUUACGGAAAUGGUCUGAGAGCAGCGAAAAAGAGCUAGACCAACAAAUCAGAGGCAGGAGCUGAAGCAGGAGACUGGGAUGAGGGAGACCAAGAGGCAGAGAGGAGUCAGUCAUGCGGCAACAAGCUCCCCUCCCACAACCAGGAGAGGCAUGAAAUGGAGGAGCAGUCUCCGAUCGAUUGCUUGGGGAAAGCCCUGGGCUGCAGGGAGGCAGGGGCUUUUUGUCUUGGUAACUUUUGCAUGGGGACAAGACCUGCCGGGAAUGAGUUGCUGUGUUUAUUAGGCCUGACACUCCACCAUGUCCCGGCGGAUUGUGGUUUUGCUAAUAAAGAGUUAGCUCCAGCUUGCACAGCAUGAUUGAGUGCCGGCUCUCUUGUGACAGAAGAUGGGCACUGAGGCAGGCCCCCAUCUCUAGGGACCCCUGGGAGGUGCAGAAGGCAUGGAACAGCAUCCCUGGAGAGAGAGAGCUCUAGCUGGUUGGAAGGAGAGGCUGUGGAAGGCGGGCAGAUGAUGUCUCAAUUGUCACUCAUGCUGCCAGGGGAAAGUGGGUAGUUGCAAAAAGGAUGCCCAAAGGAUAGGCUCUGGGAAGAGGGAGGAGGUGCUUGGAUUCAAGCUCUUUUCACUUGCUGGCUUCACUUGCUGGUAAGGAGAGGAUUUUUAGAGCAGGGGGGCUCCCAAACUGUGCUCCAUGAGCUUCAUUCAGGUGGUCCACAGCAUAUCUGUGGAUUUGUGGUUGAAGCCAGGAGACCCUACAUACAUUACGGGCAGCUCCCCGUUUACGCAGGGUUGACAACGUCCCAAGGUGCCGCACACAUCAGUGAAACCAUGUAAAAUUGAAACCGACUGAAAAUGCCCGCAAGUCCCCCACCUGCCCCCUUUCCACCCUUUUAGUGAUGUUUCAAUGACAUCUUUAAGACGUUUUCAGGUCACUUCCUGGUUUGGUGGCACAAUAAGCAUAUAUACUGUUGCACAUGCACCGAACACACAUCAACAGGGGCUGCCUGUACAUUAAAUACUCAAACUGAGUUUUAAUUGUAUUUCUUUGCCUUCUUUAUUUCUUAGAUUUGUAAUAUCUUAAUAUUUAAUAAAUAAAGGCAUCUAGCACAAUGCAUUGUAAUUGCUACAACACGCAGAAAAAUAACUAGUCCAUCAAGGAAGGCCCUCAGCAAUUUUCAACUGGUUCAUGGGGUGGGGGGUGGGGGUCUCGUGUCUGAGGCCCCUUCAGCUGGGGCCCAAAACUGAUAUCAGACAAAAUUGGGGCAGUACUUGGCUUCAAGCAGUGUUCCCACGCCACCUCCCAAAGGAAGAUAUCAUGUUCCCUGUAAUACCUGCUCUUUAAUUCUGUGUAUUGUCACACUUUUAGUGACGAAGGCACUUUGCACAUGCGUUGGCACUAUUCUUAAAUAUUGCUGCACAAAUGUCUGAAAAUAAAUUCCAGGGCUGAUGAUCACAUACACAGAAUCCCAAAAUCGUGGAGUUGGAAGGGACCGCAAGGGUCGUCCAGUCCAACCUUGUGGCAUUGAGAUACCAGCACUGCUUCUAUCAUUUGCACAUUCAUUAACUAAAUUCAUACUGUUUUGUCUUUAGAUAUGGUUUUCUCCAAGUUAAGCCAUAUAUCUGUGACUUCCUUUUACGUGCAAAUGCUAAUUAAUUUUGUUACCCAUUGUUAUUUUCUGACUCAGAUCCCCAGACGGAUCCUCUGAAUAAGUAAUAAGUUGUUUAGCUUCAACUUCAUAAUUUAUUUAAUUUUUAAGCUAGCAAUUCAGGGGGUUGGACUAGAUGACCCUCAGGGUCCCUUCCAACUCGUUUCUACGAUUCUAACCUUUUGCUUUCUUUCUCAAAAUUGCAAUGAAGCCUUUUUAAAAGAGCUUUUAAGUUAUCACCCAAAUUUUAAAUUUGUUUGUCGUUUCUUCCAUAGAUUACACAUUUGAUGAAGAUUUUAGUGUAUUUAAUUUGUAGCCAUUAUUUUUUUGUUCAUUAAAAAUGCGUUUUACCCUGUUUUCUAUAUGACAGCCUAAAACAUUCAUUGCAUAGGCAGUUAGUUAAUGUGGGUUAAUUGUGCAUUCAUAAUUUUGCAAAGUAGUUCAUUACUGAAUAAACAUCCGACAGCCAAACAGAUACUGUCAAUUUAAAUGUGGUUUCAAGAAGCUUGAUAACUUAUUCACGGUAUCUGUCUGGCUGUCGGAUGCUUACUCAGUAACAAAUAUAUUAAACUACUUUGCAACAUUCUGGAUACACAAUAACUCAUAGACUUGAAUGCAUAAUAUUGUAUAGUUACUCAUCUCCUUGGCUCCAAUGAAAGUAGGCGCGUUCUAAGGAAAAGCGGGACAUUCUGGCAUCAAAUCAGAAACUAGGAUGGCUCUGUAAAUCCAGGACUGUCCCUGGAAAAUAGGGACACUUGGAGGGUCUGCACCCUCUGCUCUCUGCGUCCAGAUAUUUUCAUCUAUCUCACAGGUGAUGUCCAACUAAAAUGUUCUGCAGUUUUGGGGAACGUUGCAGGUGGAAGAAGGAACUUCAUGAAGAACAGAUCACAUGGACAUCUUAGUUAAAUAAUUGUCUUCCCAUACCCAGGUCUUUAUCAGCACUCGCCGAGGUGCAUGGAUACUGAAUCGUGUUGGGGAAGGAGGCUAUCCAGCAGAUGUGGUACUUUCUACUCGGUUUAACAUGUUACGGAAGAAGUGCGCAACCAUGUCCAUGCUGAAUCACUGGUUGGAGAGUCGUUUAAAUGCAAGAUUCAACCAUUCUCAUUAUGGCCUGAAACCUAAACACAGGUAUGGCUCAGCAAUAUGCUAAUUAGUCAAUGUAUAUCUAUACAUCCAGAACGGAUUCCGUUUGACUUCCAAGGUACGACUGUACAGUACUGCAUUUUCCAGAAAAUGUCAGGUGUCAAAGAAAUAAAGAACUAUCUGACGUUUAGAAGACAUCUGAAGGCAGCCCUGUUUAGGGAAGUUUUCAAUGACUGAUGUUUGAAUGUAUUUUUAAUCUCUUGUUGGAAGCUGCCCAGAGCAGCUGGGGAAACCCAGCCAGAUGGGCGGGGUAUAAAUAAUAAUAAUAAUAAUAAUAAUAAUAAUAAUAAUAAUAAUCACCACCACCACCACCACCACCGAGGACAAUUUAUGGAUAAUAGACAUAACAGCUAAAAAUAAUGCACUACAAUAUGUGGCUGCUCCUAGACUGGCUCCCUCUUUGUUGUCCUUCUGCUGGCAUGUGACCACCUUGUUCCAUCAGACUUUGGGAACUGACUGCUUUCAAUGAAAGGGCUGCUGCUGUGCUGCUCUUAUUGGAAUAACUUAUUUUUAAGAGCUAUAUUAUAUUUAUAUAUGUAUUUAUAUAGUUUAUAGAAUUGCAUCCUUGACCAUUAGCCAUGCUGUCUGAAGCUGUGGGAUCCAACAUCACCUGAGGUUCCCUAUCCCUGGUUUAGAUUAUGCAUGCCCCUUGCUUCAUAUGUUAAUUAGGCACCAGGCAAAAACAUUCCUCCUCUUCCAGGCUAAUUAAACAAACGGUUUUAAAAUAUAGAGGGCAGUAUGGGUUUUUUUUGUUAUUAUGCUAUAUAUUUUUGUGCUAUAUAUUUUUUGUAUAUUUUAAAUUGUAAAUGACCCUAUGAUUUUCAUGAAGGGUGGUAUAGGAAUAAUAAUAAUAAUAAUAAUAAUAAUAAUAAUAAUAAUACCAUUUUAAGAUUUUAAUUUGUUGUUGAUCUUUAGUCUUUGCACUGCUUACAUAUUUUGAAAAUAUUAUACAGUUUAGAAAUGCUUUUUAAAUAAUAAUAAUAAUUAUAAUAUUAAAUAGCUAUUUUGAGAAUUCACCUAGCCAACACUGUCAGUAGAAGCCUUUCCUUUUGCUUGCACAACGGCUUUCCCCGCUCCGACCGCCAUGUGCCCCUGCAAUUGGCUUGAGGUUGGGAGAAGUCCCAGAGCAGCAUGUGGCAGGGAGCAAGCCUCUCUCUGACAAGCUGAAAUGCUUCUGCCGAUGGAACGACUGGAAGACCAUGACACUGACUUCCACCCUGUGUGUUUUUGUAUCUUUCAGGGUUUUCAGCCAACAUCCAACUGUCAACGAUGAGCUUCCAAACUGCAUCAUUUCAGGGAAGGUGCUGGUGAAACCAAACAUCUGUGAAUUUACUGAAACUGCUGUUGUCUUUGAAGAUGGCUCUAAGGAAGAUGAUAUCGAUUUUGUUGUCUUUGCCACAGGAUACAGUUUCUCUUUUCCCUUCCUGGGAAACUCUGUGAGAGUCAUUGAGAACCAGACCGCCCUGUAUAAAUUUGUCUUCCCCCCACACUUGGAGCAGCCUACUCUAGCAAUCAUUGGCCUUGUGCAACCCCUGGGUGCCAUCAUGCCCAUUUCAGAGCUGCAGGCUCGCUGGGCAGUCCGUGUGUUUAAGGGUAAGAGCUUUCAAACUGCUCCAUUUCAUGCUGCUGGUGAUCUCAGGAAUCCUGUGUUUGAAGGAAUGAGCUAUACUGGCAAAUUUGGAAAGUCUGGAUAUGGCAGGUGUUAAUUUCAUGGCACCAGGUCUAUUUACUGUCACUUGACCUUGCUGAAUGAUGAGGGAGUAGUAUCUCUUCACGGGAGCUGACCAUGGAGCCACCUCCUUUAUUUGAGCUUCCCUCCGUGACAUUUCGGGGGACAGAUUUGAGGGCACUGCUAUGGGGUGCUGCCUGGCCCAGAGAGGCUCCUAGGGGCCAGAGGUUUGGAGAGAGGGGUGGCGGAGCUUGCUGCCACCUUAACUUUAUGCAAUAACUGAGAGUUUUUUAUUUUCUUUUAUGUCCUUAAAAUGAAGGGGCUCCAACAGCUCAUUUAAAAAUAAGAAAGCAAAGCAACCCUCUUGCCUCCUUGAAGCAAUGUGUCAACAAUCUCUUUAAGAGGUUUUCCAGAAAGCUUUCGGAAAAGGGAAGUCUUCCUUCCCCCUGCAUGGUAAUAAUGGGUGUGGGUGUGUGAUAUUUGACACUUUUUCUUUCUGAUGAGUGAAAGGAAAAAUACUCAUUCUCUCCCACCUGCUUUAUUACCAGGAUGUUAAGUGGGGCUGGAAGGGGGGAGAGAAAUUGGGGUGGGAAGGUAACAUUUUCUUGGGGACCCUGAAACCUAGCAGCAUUCCAACUCCCCUUAUCUAUCUGAAAGCUCAGAAAUAUCAGCUUUAGUUAUGCACACAGGGAAUCUAGGCUGAUACUUCUCAAAUGAAAAGAGAAUUCCUGCUGACUAGGAUGGAGCAAUUCUGGUUUGUUGCAGGAGACCUCAGGACUUUCCAGAAAGGGCCUCUUGCCUCCCUUGAUUACAUUUUCCAGCUGCCUUUAUCCAGGUCCUCAAAACGUUGCCUCUUCCCUUUUGCCUCUCUUUUCUAGGACUUGCUAAGAUACCAUCAAUAAGUGGGAUGAUGUCGGAUAUCACCAGGACGUCAGCAGCAAUGGCUAAACGGUAAAUGACAGGCUUAGCUUGAAUGGUUACCAGGUAGGCUAGUCUUGUAGUGUUGCCACUUCCUACAACUGCACUUAUUGCUGAGGUGCCUCAAGGUGGGAGUUCACUCUUGAAUUGGAGCUACUCAUGCAUGCAUGUUUUUGGGUGGGUGGUUGUGGGUUUUUUUGGGGGGGGUGUUUUUUUGCAUUAUCUGCAUGAUAUUGUUGUCAUAAAAAUGUCAGCCUGUAGUUUUUAUUCAUUUAAUCGAGCCUACCCAUUCUGUGGAAGAUCCAGUAAGUAAAACGAGCCCAGUAUAUAACUCUGGUCACUGCUGGUGUGGGGGCUUGCUAGUAUAUUCUUAUGGUGGGGCUGGGGCUGGGGGACUGGCUUGGUGGUGGUUUUGUGGCUAGCUUUCAUCUCCCUACUUCCAUUUGCUUUUCAUCUGAGUGUUUUGUUUCCGGUGGCCCAAACAAUAUUGUGUUUAUUUCCAUGGAUUGCUGCUUGCAUAAGGCUUCUUUGAAUUUGAACUCAGUUCAGAGGAGAUUCUAACUGCAGUACAUACCAAAAUAAUAACAGAGAUAUUUAGACUGCUUUGCUGCCCUUGUGGACAAGACCUCAGUAUUAAUUAAAAAUGAAAUUCAUUAAGUGGGCCUACCCUGCCCCAGCACAUUUGGCCUAUUGUGAAAUAUGAUAACUAAGGGCUCGUAGCUACGUACGACGCAUGCAUGUGACGCUGCACAUGCACUGUGCAGCAAACUUAGCAGUUUGCUGCCGGCGCCAGGAUCCUCGUCUCAUGGCUGCAGCCACGAACGGAGGAUCCUCCAAAGGCGGCUGCGGUGGCUGCUCAUGGCACCACCAGCCCCCGCAAUGUGACUUCUUGUCACCCUCGCAGGCAUGGAACCCAGGGCGUACUGGCCCUCCCCCCGUUGCGACGCCACUGGGUGUAGAUUCUGUACUAAGCCAAAGCCCUGAGAGGGUUAUAGUGACCCAUGACAAGGACUCCAGUUUCUGCUCUGAAACGUUGCUAUCAUAGUCAUCUGUUUAUUUGUAGGCCACAAAACUGUGUCCAAACUAUCUUACGACAUAUGAACAAUAAUAUAAUUAAAAAUACAUAUUAAGAGCAAUUGAAAACAAUCAUCCUAUCAAUAAAGGCAGAACAUAAAUGCAUGUCCUACUAGGUAACAAUACAAAUAAGCUAAUCUAUUUUAACAGCUUAAAACUAAGUAGGAGAACAAUACUCAACAUAAAAAAUGGCAGUACAGUGGUGCCCCGCAAGACGAAUGCCUCGCAAGACGGAAAACUCGCUAGACGAAAGAGUUUUCCGUUUUGGAGGUGCCUCGCAAAACGAAUCUGCUAUGGGCUUGCUUCGCAAGACGAAAAUGUCUUGCGAGUUCCUGGUUUUUUUUUUUCCUUUCCCCCCUCUUUUUCUAAGUCGCUAAGCCGCUUAUCUGCUUAUCCGAUAAGCUGAUAAGCUGCUAAAAGCCGCUAAAAGCCGCUAAAAGCGCUAAUAGCGCUAAUCCGCGAAUCCCAUCAAUGGGCUUGCUUCGCAAGACGAAAAAACCGCUAGACGAAGAGACUCCCAGAACGGAUUCUUUUCGUCUUGCGAGGCACCACUGUAUAUACCCCUGGGAGAGGGGGAAUCAUUAUUUCUGCAGAAGCACGCUACAAUUAACUGGCAUGCAUUGGAUGGUAGAGCCUUGUAGCAACCUUCCUUCCCAGCUCUCACCUGGGCCUCCUAUGCUCAGAGCUCAUGUCAUUCUCAAGGUGAAGACCUUCCCACCUACCCAUGCUCUUGUACCUGCCUCCAAGGUAAGUAACUGCAAUGCUCUCUACAAAGGCCUUCCUUUGAAGAGCAUCUCAAAGCUAGUGCAGACCAUGGCUGCUUGCUCACUGUAUGGGGCAGCAAGAAACAACCACCACACUAUCCUUAAUCUUGGGGCACUGCAGUGGCUGCCUGUGAGCUACUGGGCCCAGUUCAAGGUGGGAGUACUAGGAUGCAAAGCCCUAAAUCACUUGGGAGCCAAGCAGCUUCCAUCCUGAAGUUGGUGAUUUGGGGGAAAGGCCCUACGCCUGGUCUUGCCCAGGAGCACCUGAGGUGAAAGAGGAAUGUGCCACUCCCUGCCCCCUAACCACUUCUGCUGGGAUGCGGGUUAGGACAGUCUCAGAAGCAGCAUGCUGGCUAUCAAACUCCCUCAUCCAAGUUUGGGGCGGAUAGUUUUAUCACUUUUUUAUACUGUUGGUUUUAACUGCUGCUUGUAAUAUUGUUUUGAAUCGGUUUAUGUAAUUUUAUUGUUGUGAGCCACCCUGGGCUCCCCAUGGGGAGGAAGGGUGGGUUAUAAAUGUGACUGAUUGAAUGAAUAGCAAAGUAAACUAUAUUUGUCUCUUCCCCCUUCCAUGCCAGGUAUGUGAAGAGCCAACGCCACACCAUCCAAGUGGACUAUAUUGAGUACAUGGAUGAAUUGGCUUGUCUGGUGGGGGUCAAGCCCAGUGUAUGGCCUCUGUUUCUUUCUGACCCCAAACUGGCCUGGGAGCUUUUGUUUGGGCCAUGCACACCCUAUCAGUACCGCCUCGAAGGACCAGGGAAAUGGGAUGGAGCCAGGAAAGCCAUCUUGACGCAACACAACCGGAUCCUGAAACCCUUGAGAACAAGGCCUGUUGACAAUUCAAGCAGCAACACCUUCGUGCCCCUGUGGAUCAAGCUGGUUGGCCUUGUGGCUCUCUUGGCUGCAAUUUUUGCUUAUUUUUAA